GAGAAAGGGGCGGGGGCGCGUGGGCGCCGACGAGGAAGGCCUUCGAGAAGCGUUCGCUCGCGGUUUCGAGUGGUGUCGUUCGAGCAGCCAUGGCGGAGGGGAGCCAGGCCAUCCGAGUACCAGCUCACCAGAAUUAUGGAACUAUUGAUCAGAUACCUACUCAAUGGGCAUUUGGUGCCAUCCCUCCCAGGGACCUGAUUCAAAUUCCAGGACCUUCUGCUCCUCCUGUCAUGAGCCAUGUCUCUGGCUAUGAAGGCACAACAGCUGGAGAUGGUGGAGGAAAAUAUUUCCCUCCUCCACCUGACUUGGUUUCUAACCAUGGAGGCCAGCCACCCCCAGCUCUGAGAGACUGGAAUAUUCCUGCCAUUUCAGAAGAUGAAGCCAAAGAAGCUUUUAUCCAGUAUGCUGCAAGCAAAUGCUGCUAUAGCCAAAACCCAGCCAGAGAGAUGUUGUUUGAGGAUCUACAGUCAUUCAAUACCUACCGAUAUCGUUUGGAGACCUUCACUGAAUCAAGGUCCACUGCAUGGAAAUCAGAACCUUACAAUGGUGAAGGGGUCGAUUCCUAUCUGUGCGGUGUACCUCCUUUGCCUUGGGAUAUAAGAAUGGAAAUUCCUGACAUGUUCAGAGAUCACAUCAAGAGAACCAAAGUGCCUCACACAUCGUCAGUAAAGGGAUGCCAAACGUGUGGAUGCUCUGGUAGACGUCCCUGCAGUGAAUGCCAUGGCCUCUCUAGGAAAGAGUGUUGGGUAUGUAAUGGAAGAGGUGUCCGGCUGAGCGACAAAAAGUGCACAACAUGCUCAGGAACUGGAUCUAGCAUAUGCAAUAGUUGUUCUGGUCUGGGAACAAAAGCAUGCCCAGACUGCAAAGGAAGAGGACAGCUGCUGUCAUUUAUUGAGCUGCAAGUUGAAUGGCAAAAUAAUAUUUUUGAAUACCUGGUAGAUCAAAGAACUGGGUUUCCUACUGAACUCUUCAAAGAAGUUAAUGGAAAGAAGUUGUUUGUCAAUGAGGAGUAUAUGGUACAUCCAGUGAUUAGUUUUCCUCAAAGUGACAUCAAUAAAGCCUCUCGGAAUGCUGUUGAACAACAUAUGACUCAGUUUGGAUCCACAACUCGGAUAUUGCGGCAGAGACAAACAAUUGAACUGAUAUUUCUUACCAAGGUGGAAUAUGAGUGGCAUGGGAAAUCCUACUCUUAUUUUGUUUACGGAAAUGAACACAAUGUGUAUGCAGAGGAUUAUCCUAAGAAGUGUUGCUGUACUAUCAUAUGAUUUAGGGAUCAUGGCAACCACUGUCGAGGGAGCAGUAUUGAUUAGCCCUUCUGGGUUAUAGUGGUGUGCAUGUCCUACACUGACCUACGUGAUAAGUGCAUUUUAACCUAUGUUAUAAGUAUGAUAACAGAUGAUAUCUCUUAAAAUUUGAAAUACUGUGCAGCUUAUGAAACCUUAAGAUUACUGAUCAAAAGUGUGCUGUAAUAUUUGUAUGUAUUUCUGUGCAACUGAUGUCUAUGAUGUCCCAUAUGUACCUGCCAGGGUUCUUCUCCAUGAGCCCCUGCCAAAGGAAGUGAGGCAGGUGGCUAUCGGGAGGAGGGCCUUCUCUGCUGUGGCACCCCGGCUGUGGAAUGAGCUCCCUAAGAGGUUCACCUAUAUUCUUUCAGACGCUAGGUGAAGACCUUUUUAUUCUCUCAGUAUUUUAACAGUCUAUAAAUUAAUUUUAACUUGGCGGUUUUAAAUUUGUAUUUUAAAUUUGUAUUUCAAAUAAAUAAAUUUUUGCACUGCUGCUGAUUUUA